AUGUCUGGACUCAUGCACAAGGUCAAGGAUGCCCUUCAAGGCGGCCACAAAGAUGAGAACGCAAAGCUCGAGCAUGACGGGCUCCAGGGAGACCACGGCAGCCAGUCCGGCGUUCAUGACACUCCCGUCUCAGGUUCCGUUGCUCACGGUGACUCCAUGUCGCCUACAAACCCUGGCGUCCUCAACUCCACCAAGCGUGGUAUCCACGGUGACCGUGACACCGGCACAUCUGGUACUGGCCUUUCGAACCAAGAACUCACUGGACAGACCGGGAUCGAGGGUGCAGGCUCUGGAAUCGGCUCUGGUACUGGCUCAGGUUAUGAUAGCACUUUCCGGGAUACUGGCCUCGGUAGCGGCAACAACGCUGGGCCUCAGUACACCGGGACAAGCGAGCGUGACACCGGCCUUGUUGGCUCUGGCGUCGACACUACGGGCCGUGGCACCACUAUGGAUGAGUCCUCAAUGAACGCGGGAUCCGGAUCAAGCUACAACCCCAACGACCGUAGCAGCACUGGUCUCGACGGUCAGGAUGUCUUGACCGGCUCCGGCUCAAACACCCGCGACACUGGUAUAGUGGGAGGUACGGGCUCCGGCUACGACUCAAGCUCUCGCAUGGACCGUGAUAACACGGUUACUGGCUCCGGCCUCGGUGGUGACGAGGGCAUGAUUGCUGGGGGCUCAGUUCCUCAAACAGGCUCUGGAUACGACACGAACACCGGCGGUGCUGACUUGACUAGCGGAGGAACAGGGUCCGGCUUGACUGGCAAUGACUCCGGCUUGGGCUCUGGCUACGACUCAAACACUCGCGAUACCGGUAUCACCGGCGAGGGAUAUUCUGGAGCGGGCUCAGGCUUGACAGGUGGUAGCUCCGGCUACGACUCAAAUACUCGCGAUACCGGUAUCACCGGCGAGGGAUUGUCUGGAGCGGGCUCAGGCUUGACAGGUGGUAGCUCCGGCUACGACUCUAACACUCGCGAUACCGGUCUCACUGGUGAGGGGAUAACCGGCACAGGCUCAGGAAUGACCGGUGGUGAUUCCGGCUUCGGUUCCGGCACCGGCUCAAGCGGCCGCACGGGCCUCGUUGGUGAGGGCGAGCGAUACGUCGAGGGUUCCGAGAAGCACCACCAUGGAGACGGGCACCCAGAGGACAUCGUUCACCCCGGUCACCACUACACCGAGACCGCCAACGCUCUCGACCCUCACUUGAACUAG